CCGAACCAACACCGAACUUGUGAUCCUUUCUUCCCAGGUCUCAUUUUCGAUUGGACAACUUUCUCCCACGUGUGUUGGCCGGUGAUCCUUAAAUAUUGCCCCAGAGAGCAAAUUAUUGUAUUCGUGGUUUAGUAUUAUGAAUUGCCUCUUGAUAGGGACCUAUUAAAAGAACCAACUGCCUGCCACAGGAUGAGAUCGUUAAUCGGAGGACUCGUCUGUUGCAUUUCCUUCCUUACCCUGGAAGUCCAAGCAACAUACCGACUUUAUGGAGGAUACCAUCCUCGGCAGCAUCAUGCAGACAGCCCUAACGUGCCACCGCAAACGUUUCAGCGGAGCAUCCAACAGCAACAACCAUUUCAGAGUGUUCAGCAAGGACAGCAACAUAUUGGGAAUGUGCAGCAACCAGCUCAGUUUUCUCAGAAUCAAAGAACUAUUGAUUUGGGAGAAACCCACUGCAAAAGCCGCCCCCUAGAUCUGGUGUUCAUCAUCGACAGCUCCCGUAGCGUGCGUCCCCAAGAAUUUGAAAAGGUCAAAAUCUUCUUGGCUGACAUGGUCGACACCCUCGAGGUUGGCGCGGACGCCACACGUGUGGCCGUUGUGAACUACGCUAGCACGGUGAAGAUUGAGUUCCUGCUCAAGACGCACUUCGACAAGCCGGGCCUGAAGGCAGCGCUGGCCCGCAUCGAAUCCUUAGCGGCUGGCACCAUGACGGGGCUAGCCAUCAAGACAGCCAUGGAGGAGACCUUCACAGAGGAGUCGGGCGCCCGGCUAACCAACAAGAACAUCGCCAAGGUGGCCAUCAUUGUGACGGACGGGCGGCCCCAGGACACGGUGGAGGUUGUUGCCGCGACGGCGAGGGCUGCAGGCAUCGAGAUCUACGCAGUGGGGGUGGACAGGGCGGACAUGAAGUCCCUGCGUCUCAUGGCCAGUCUGCCACUGGACGAACACGUGUUCUACGUGGAGACCUACGGCGUCAUCGAGAAGCUCACGUCCAAGUUCAGAGAAACCCUUUGUGGUGUGGACGCCUGUGCCCUGGGACACGACUGCGACCACAUAUGUGUCAACAACAACAACUCGUACACCUGCAAGUGUCGAGAAGGCUAUACACUGAAUGCAGACAAGAAAACAUGCUCACCAGCAAGUUCUUUGCAAAACCAAAACCAAAAUGGACCAGGUUUGAACGAGGACGCGAACGAGAUGAGUGGGAAUGAGCUGAGUGAAGAUGCCUGCAUGUGUGAGGCUCAGAUUGCUUUCCAGAUGAAGAUGCAGACCACCAUACAGCAGCUGACCAACAAACUAGAUGACCUAUCGAGGAAAGUGACCCAGUUUGGACGCAGCCGUUGAUUCUAAAGAAGGGGGACGCUGCAAAGAGACCAUUCAGAGCUCACCCAGUUCACCACAACCUAAAAUGGCUGUGUAGUUUUCCUCUUUUUCGCAAACCGUCAUUAUUAACAACAGUCCAUUUUGGAGUUAUUGUACUGUAUAACAACCUUCAAUAUAUGUGUUUUAGGUCUAAAACAAUGUGUUUACCAUUGAAUGACAUGACCAAUAAUGUUCCAUUUGCUCACAACAGAUGCCCCCAUUUCAUUCCAUUUAAAGCUAGGAACAAAGAGCAAAGUUGACUUUUUUUGCACAAUACUUGUCUCCCCAUGGUGGCACCUUUCCAGUUGAACAACAUUCCAUCUUCCACCACAUCACCUAUAAUAAAGAGGAAGCAAUAAUGGCUCCAUCAAAUGAAAGACAAGACACAUGGAAUGUAAUUUCUGUCAAUAUAUACUGUUCUAUUGUUCUAUUUUCUAGUGUUCUAUUUUGGAUAUUUGUACAAAUGUAUACAUUAAAUACAUA